CCAGCUGCUGAGCGGAGUGGAGCGGCACAGAGGACACACCAGACCCGUUCCUCCUCUGGACUCUCUUUAACUUUACCUUUAAUGUGAAUGACAGUGUUCGGACACAGGAACAUGGAGGAACAGCGCUGGUCUUUAACUUUACGGGGAGCUCUAUCUGUCUUCUUCUUCACUCUGCUGCUGGAGACCGGGAAUGCCGGUAUGCCAAACUUUUACCCUUUGAGGCAGCUGUGUAAGUUCUGUGAUGUGGAGCUGUCCUCGUGCAGCGGCACAGGCACCUGCAUGACCAACUGCUCCAUCACAUCCAUCUGCAUGGAGAGCAGUGAGGUCUGUGUCGCUAUCUGGAGGAGGAACGAAACGGGCUUCUCUAUAGAAACCCUCUGCCACAACCCAUCCAAGCCGCUGUAUGGUGUAAUGCUAGAUGACUACAACAGCUCCACCUGUGUGAUGAAGGAGAAGAACACAACGAGUGGGAUGGCUCACUUCUGCUCCUGCACCGACGAGGACGAGUGUAACAACAAGCUGUUAUUCUCCCCCAUUGUGGAUCCAACUCCGGACGAUCAGUUGGUGUCUGUGAUCCUGGUGAGCCUGCUGCCCCUGUUGGCGAUGGGGGUCAUGGUUGCAGGAAUGUUCUACUGGUACCGAGCCCACCAGAGACGCAUGCUCAACCAAGAGUGGGAGAGCAGCAUCAAGAAGCGCAAGCCAAGGGCCGGCGGGCUGGACUGCAGCGAUGCCUGUGCUAUCAUGAUGGAUGACGACAGGUCAGACAGCAGCUCGACGCACGCCAACAACCUGAACCACAACACAGAGCCGCUGCCCAUAGAGCUGGAUCUGCUGGUGGGCAAAGGCCGUUUUGCUCAGGUAUACAAGGCUAAGCUGAAGCAGACCACAUCAGAUCAGUUUGAGACUGUGGCUGUGAAGAUUUUCCCGUACGAGGAGUACGCUUCCUGGAAGAACGAGAAGGACAUCUUCUCCAACACAGACCUCCGGCAUGAGAACGUCCUGCACUUCCUGACAGCUGAGGAGAGGAAGGUGGAGAAGCAGUACUGGCUCAUCACUGCCUUCCACCCUAGGGGAAACCUACAGGAGCACCUCACACGUCAUGUGAUCAGCUGGGAGGAGCUGGAGGUGCUGGGCAGCUCUCUGGCUCGAGGAGUCGCCCACCUCCACAGUGACCGUCUCCCCUGUGGACGCCCUAAGGUGCCGAUAGUCCACCGUGACCUAAAGAGCUCCAACAUCCUGGUGAAGAACGACCUGACGUGCUGCCUGUGUGACUUUGGCCUGGGACUGUGUCUGGACAGCAGCCUGUCAGUGGACGACCUCGCCAACAGUGGACAGGUGGGUACAGCACGUUACAUGGCUCCGGAGGUGCUGGAGGCCCGACUCAACCUGGAGAACAUCGAGUCCUUCAAACAGACCGACAUUUAUUCCAUGGCCCUGGUGCUGUGGGAGAUGACAUCGAGGUGUGAAGCUAUAGGAGAGGUGAAGGACUACGAACCGGCGUAUGGCUCUAAAGUGCGAGAGCACCCCUGUGUGGAGAGCAUGAAGGACAACGUGCUGAGAGACCGAGGCAGACCUGAGAUCCCUGACUCCUGGCUCAGGCACCAGGGAGUGGCGGUGAUCUGUGCCACCAUAAAGGAAUGCUGGGACCACGACCCCGAGGCCCGACUCACAGCCCACUGCGUCGCCGAGCGCAUCUCGGAGAUGGAAGACGAGAUGGACAAACUCUCCAGCCGCAGCUCGUCAGCAGAGAAGAUCCCAGAGGAGCUGAAGAUCCCGGUGGAGGUGGAGAUCCCGGAGAAGGAGGUGAAAAUCACAGAAAUCCAGGAGAUCAUCGCUGUGGACUGCUCUGUGAGCGACGAGAAGUGAGAUUAGGCUCCACGCUGUCAUGGAGACCUUUCAACACGGGCACUUAUUCUACUCAAACGUGAUAUUCAGGAGCUGAGCUCUUGCAGGACUUUGAGCCACGGUGUCACAUCUAAUUCAAACCCAGCAAAGAUAAACUCUGUGUGACGCUUCUGGACUUCACCUCGAAAAUAAUAACAACUCGCCUUAAUCAGCUGAGAAGACUCAAGAGCCAAACAGCCAGAGUUAACUGGAAGCUUCCAAAGAUGAACUGAGCAUGGAGACAUUACUAUUAAACCAAAGACAUUUAAUGUGCACUUUACCAUUUGUUACUUAAGCAUUACAGGUGUGUGUCAUUGUGAUGCCUUCAUGUGUUCUGAUGUGUUGGAGUUAUGAAAGCUUUUGCCUUAAAGUGCCUUUGUGUAUCCGACUUUGAGCCAAAGUUUGAACAGACGUUGCCUUAACACUAAUGAUGCUGUGGCCUCCACCCUCACCAGCAGGAAACUAAAGGUGUGUAUGUGUGUGUGUGUGUGUGUGUGUGUGUAUGUAUGUGUGUCUGUGUCUAUGUUUGUGUGUGUGCAUGCG